CGCCGUUGGAGCGUGAGGCGAGAUGUGGGCCCGGCUAGCGCGGCCGCUCCAGCCGAAGCUGGCACUCCGAGGCCUGCACCGGUCGGCGGCCUGGGCCCGCCCCCUCAUCCCCAUCGUCGUGGAGCAAACCGGCCGGGGAGAGCGUGCCUAUGACAUCUAUUCCCGCCUGCUCCGAGAACGCAUUAUCUGCGUCAUGGGGCCGAUUGAUGACAGCUUAGCCAGCCUGGUCAUCGCCCAGCUGCUUUUUCUGCAGUCUGAGAGCAACAAGAAGCCCAUCCACAUGUACAUCAACAGUCCCGGAGGUGUGGUGACGUCUGGCCUGGCCAUCUAUGACACCAUGCAGUACAUUCUUAAUCCCAUCUGCACCUGGUGCGUGGGGCAAGCAGCCAGCAUGGGCUCCCUGCUGCUGGCGGCUGGCUCCCCGGGCAUGCGCCACUCUCUGCCCAACUCCCGCAUCAUGAUCCACCAGCCCUCUGGAGGGGCCCGGGGCCAAGCCACUGACAUCGCCAUCCAGGCCGAGGAGAUCAUGAAGUUGAAGAAACAGCUGUAUGGCAUCUAUGCCAAGCACACCAAACAACCCCUGGAUGUGAUAGAGUCUGUGAUGGAACGGGACCGUUACAUGAGUCCCAUGGAGGCCCAGGAGUUCGGCAUCCUGGACAAGGUACUCGUCCACCCGCCGCAGGAUGGAGAGGAUGAGCCCGAGCUGGUGCAGAAAGAGGCGGCGCCCACCCCUGAGCCUGCUUCCACCCCUGCGCCUGCUCCCGCUGUCUCCUAAAGCUGGUAUUGCCAGGAAGGGAACCCCUACCUCCCUUGGGAUAGCACGGGCUGGGGUAGAGAGGGAGAGAGCCAGAGCCCCUGGAGAGAGAUGCCUGUGCCCCACACUAGUGAAGGUCAUUCACUUGUCCUCAGGAGCGCUGAUGCUGGAGGGGAGACACCUCCUGCCCCUCCAGAACCCUUGGGACCACAGUCCCCAUGGGACUUGCUGCUCGCCACCCCCACCUUGGCUUUGGAAAAUAGCUAUUUUUCUAGCUUUGUACUUCAGGGGGUUUUGUGGGGCAGGAGGAAUCCAGGCCCGAGGCACUUGGUCGUCGAUGUUCACCGAAUGUUGUUUGUAAAUUAAAACUUCAGUCGUC